AUGGCUAAUGCAGGGGAAGACGGAGGACCUACUCCGGUGAGGACCAAUGAGGUGGGAGCGACUUCUGUUGUUUGUCUGAUGCUCACACCAACAAAUUACACUGUCUGGGCCCUGCGUAUGAAGGUGGUGCUUAGAAUUCACAAGGCUUGGACAGUGAUCGAUCCAGGAACAGAAAAGAAUGAAGAGAAAUAUUACCUUGCAAUAGGAUUGUUGUAUCAGGCAAUCCCGGAAGAUCUAAUCAUGCAAAUCGGAGAUGUGGAAUCUGCCAAGGGACUGUGGGAAUCGAUCAAGGCUCGCUAUGUAGGAGCUGAUAGGGUGAAAGAGGCCCGAUUGCAAACCCUAAAUGCAGAAUUUGAUCGAUUGAAGAUGCAAGAAUCUGAAACGAUUGAUAGUUAUGCUGGAAAGCUAUCUGGAAUCGCGUCUAAAUCAGCAGCCCUAGGAGAAACCAUUGAUGAAUCGAAGUUGGUAAAGAAGUUCCUCAAAACACUACCCCGAUCGAAGUUCAACCAGAUUGUUGCCUCCCUUGAACAGGUGUUGGACCUGAAAUUAGUUGGCUUUGAAGAUGUGGUGGGACAAGUCAAGGCGUACGAAGAGAGCAUAAAAGAAGAAGAGGACGACGGAGGAGAAGAUCACGCAAGUGUGAUGCUCACGAAAUCAGCGUCGUCUGGCAAUGGUGGGUCUUUUGUAUUUCAUGGAGGAAUGACAGGGAAGGCAAAGGGAAAAGGCUCGUCAAGUGGAACUAUUCAUGGAGCAACCGGGUCGAAUGGUGGAUCAGGCCCAAAUGUGUUUAAAUCAAAACAGGCACAAGAUGGGCAACCCAAUUCUAAUUGCAAAAAUUGUAAUUGUUGUUGUCACAAGAAUCGGAAAAAUAGGGAAAAAGACUGA